GUCUUCCCCCUCCGCUCCUGGGCUGCCCAGGCGUAGCGGGUUCCGGCGGCGGGGGAGCCGGGAUGGAGGCGGCCGCGGCGCCCAGGAGGGAGGCGCGGGGACGUGCCGCGUGUCCGCCCGACGGCUGCCGAAAGGAGAGCUCGCCGGAGAGGAAAGUUUACAUGGACUAUAACGCAACCACGCCCCUGGAGCCAGAAGUUAUCCAGGCCGUGACUGAGGCCAUGCAGGAAGCCUGGGGAAAUCCCAGCAGUCCUUAUCUAGCAGGUAGAAAGGCCAAGGAUAUCAUAAACGCAGCUCGGGAAAGCCUGGCGAAGAUGGUAGGUGGGGCACCUCAAGACAUAAUCUUCACUUCCGGGGGCACUGAGUCAAAUAAUUUAGUAAUCCAUUCUGCGGUGAAACAUUUCCACGAAAACCAGACCUCAAAGGGGGACACAGCUGCGCGUCACAGCCCAGUGGAGGGGGCCAAGCCCCACUUCAUCACGUGCACGGUGGAACACGACUCGAUCCGCCUGCCCUUGGAGCACCUGGCGAAAGAACAGGUGGCCGCGGUCACCUUUGUCCCGGUGUCCAAGGUGAGCGGGCGGGCAGAGGCUGACGACGUCCUCUCGGCUGUCCGCCCAGCCACGUGCCUCGUGAGCAUCAUGCUGGCCAAUAAUGAGACCGGCGUCGUCAUGCCCAUCCCUGAAAUCAGCCAGCGCGUCAAAGCCCUGAACCAGACGCGGGCCGCUGCGGGGCUGCCGCCCAUCCUCCUGCACACGGACGCUGCCCAGGCGCUGGGGAAAAGGCGCGUGGACGUGGAGGACCUGGGCGUGGACUUCCUCACCAUCGUGGGGCACAAGUUCUAUGGUCCCAGGAUUGGUGCACUUUAUGUCCGAGGGCUCGGCGAGCUCACGCCUCUGUACCCUAUGCUGUUUGGAGGUGGACAGGAACGGAAUUUCAGGCCAGGGACAGAGAACACCCCAAUGAUUGCCGGCCUUGGGAAGGCUGCCGAGCUGGUGACCCGCCACUGUGAGGCUUACGAGGCCCACAUGCAGGAUGUCCGGGACUACCUGGAGGAGAGGCUGGAGGCCGUAUUUGAUAAGAGACUCCAUCUGAAUAGCCGGUUUCCGGGGGCUGAGCGGCUGCCCAACACCUGCAACUUCUCCAUCCGCGGAGCCCAGCUUCAAGGCCGCGUGGUGCUCGCACAGUGCCGGACGCUGCUGGCCAGCGUGGGGGCCGCUUGCCACUCAGACCACGGGGACCAGCCGUCCCCGGUGCUGCUGAGCUGUGGCGUCCCGUUCGACGUGGCCAGGAACGCGCUCCGGCUCAGCGUGGGCCGCAGCACCAGCCGGGCUGAGGUGGACCUUGUCGUGCAGGACCUGAAGCAGGCGGUGGCCCAGCUGGAGGGCCAGGCCCAGUGUGGGGGCCGCCCUUUCUCGUAGGAUCCCCGUUGCCAGGGCACCGAGCGCUUUGCCUCGCGCCCCUUCUCGGGCUGUGCUAGGAUGACUGUCUUGUUUCUCCGAAGUGCUGGGUGCAGUGCGUGUGCUUUCGGCUUCCUCCCCAGACAUGCGUCGCCACGGGCCCAGGACACCAACACCCGCGUAGGACCGUCCCCCGGGCUGCAGCUGUCCUGUGGGGACGUUGAAGUGGAAACGCUUCAGCCACAUCCGUGCUGCCCCCUGGGAAUUGGGCGAGCCUGUCGUGAGCUUCCCUUCCUGGAAGGUGGUGUUUGUAUCUGGAAGAUAAAAUGCGAGUAUUUAUAAUUCAUUUUUAGCCAAUCGCUAUCAGGAAAAUAGGAAACUUUUUGCUUCAAUCAUGGCCUCCCACGUGCACGUGUCAGAGUGGUCCCCUCAGGGCCCCUCACCAGCCCUUAACAAACACCCCCUCGAUUGACCCUGCCCUUCUGACCCCAGUGUGCAGUGACCCCGGCUGGGUAUGGCCCCUCAGCCAGGCCACUCUGCUUCCCCAGCCCUGCCUGUCCCACUGGGACGCACUCCUGUGGACGAGCCCUGUCCCAGUGCGUCACUUGGGCUCAGCACCACAGGCGUACCAGAGUCCUGGGGCGGCCGGUGCUUGUGUGACUCUGGGUCGUUCCUGAGGGAGCAGCUCAGAUCGUCGCCUGCCCGGCUUUCCUCCUGACUGUGUUUGCGAAGGGUCCUUUUGUCUCCACAAGAUGCGCUGUGGCCUCCUGACACGCACCACGUGUGGUGACCGCAUAGGAGUGGCGUCCAGUGCCAUGAGCUCACAGUGUGGCACCGAGAACUAUACGACGCUGAGGAAACAGCUGUCAGAAUUAAAUGAAUUAAAGAUCUCA